AUGCCGUCUGUAGUGUCGUACCUCGAGGACGGGUCGGUCGUGGUGGGAGAAGAGGCCAAGAGACUCGCGUCCCGGGACCCAGCCAACACGUUCUACUCUGUGAAGCGCUUCCUCGGGCGCGACCGCGGCGACCCCGCUGCCGAGGAGGACAUCCGGCGCGUGGCAUACAGCGUGGACGCCGACGAGGACGGCUGCCUGCGCCUGGUGUGCCCGAACGUGGAGGGGGGCUUCCUGUACCCCGAGGAGGUCUCCGCCCACGUCCUGGACGCGCUGCUCAACCGCGUCGAGGAGGCGAAGGGCUUCAGGCCGACGAAGGCGGUGAUCGGCGUGCCGGCGUACUUCACGGAGGAGGCACGGGAGGCGACCGAGCAGGCCGGGCUGUUGGCGGGCCUGGAGGUGGUCCGACUGGUGCACGAGCCGGUCGCCGCGGCGCUCGCAUACGGCCUGGACCUGAAAGAGGACCAGACGGUUAUGGUCUUCGACCUCGGGGGCGGCACCUACGACAUCAGCGUGCUCGAGGUCGGGAACGGCGUGAUCGAGGUGCUGGCGACGGGCGGGGACGCGCACCUGGGCGGGGACGACUGGGACGCGGCCCUGGCGCAAUGGAUUUCCAGGAACGAGCUGAAGCCGCGGGGCGUCGACGUGGAGAGCCCGCGGAUCCGCGCCAACGUGCGGAAGCUCGCGGAGAUGGCGAAGAUCCAGCUCACGGACAGCGCGGAGGUGGUGCUGCGGAUGCCCGUGGGACCGGGCGGCGAGCCCGUCAGUGUGCGCAUCACCCGACAGCUGCUCGAGGAGGCGUCCGUGGACCUGUUCCGGCGCGCGCGCCUGGCGAUCGACGCCGCGUGCUGGCAGGCCGGCGUGGACCUCGGCGCGUCGUUCCUCGAGGGAGAGGUGCGGCGCGGGAAGCGCGUGGCCAAGUCGGAGAAGCUGACGCGCACGCCGCGGUCCAAGGGCGACGGCGCGCGCCGGCAGCCCAUCAGCGAGGUUCUCCUCGUCGGCGGCGCCACGCGCAUGCCUGCGAUCGCCCGCUUCGUCCGCAACAUGACGGGCGUCGAGCCACGUGGUGCCGCGCUGGUGGACCCCGACCAGGCCGUGGCGCUGGGCGCGGCGGUGCAGGCGGGGAUCUUCCAGGGCGAGGUCGAGGAUCUCAUGGUGAUGUCGCCGUGGAAGGCCGCGCUCAUGCGGGCGUUUGCGCGGCGGGCGAUCGAGGGGGGCGCGUUGGACGACAUGGAGUGGGAGGACAGUGACGACGACGGAGAGGGGGGGAGUGAUGGGGAGGGGGCUGGAGGGGACAUGGUUGUGGAGGACGGGGACGGGAAGGACGUGGCGUCGAAGGGGGAGGGUGCGGGCGCGACGUGA